AUGGCUCCAGAGAAUGACUCUUCAGUGACUGAGUUCAUCCUGCUGGGUUUAACACAGAAGCCAGAACUCCAGCUGCCUCUCUUUUUCGUUUUCUUAGCAAUUUAUGUGGUCACUGUGGUGGGGAACGUUGGAUUGAUUAUUCUUAUUGCUCUGAACCGUCACCUGCACACUCCCAUGUACUACUUUCUCUUCAACCUUUCGUUCACUGAUCUCUGCUACUCCUCUGUCAUUACCCCUAAAAUGCUGAUGAAUUUCUUAUCGAAGGAGAAUAUUAUUUCUUACAUGGGGUGCAUGACUCAGUUCUACUUCUUCUGUUUUUUUGUCGUUUCUGAAUGCUAUGUGCUGACAUCAAUGGCCUAUGACCGCUAUGUGGCCAUCUGUAACCCACUCUUGUACGCCAGCAUGAUGAGUGGGAGGACGUGUGUUCUCCUGGCCACAACCACGUGGCUCAGUGGUUCUCUGCACUCUGCUGUCCAGACCACACUGACGUUCCGUUUGCCCUUCUGCGGACCCAACCAGAUCCAGCAUUACUUCUGUGAUGCACCACCCAUCCUCAAACUGGCCUGUGCAGACACCUCUGCCAACGAGUUGGUGAUCUUUGUCAACAUUGGGGUGGUGGCUUCAGGCUGCUUUCUCCUGAUAGUGCUGUCCUACGUAUCCAUCGUCCAUUCCAUCCUGAAGAUCCGCACCUCAGAGGGGCGAUGGAGAGCCUUCCAGACCUGUGCCUCCCACUGCACUGUGGUUCUUUGUUUCUUUGUUCCUUGUGUUUUCAUUUACCUGAGACCAGGCUCCAAGGAGGCUAUGGACAGGAUUGUGGCUGUUUUCUACACUGUGAUGACGCCCCUUCUGAACCCUGUGGUCUACACCCUGAGGAACAAGGAAGCAAAGAAAUCUCUCUUGAAGCUUAAAGACAAAGUAGUGCAUUCACAGAGCAAAUAA